AUGUCUCUAGCUGGAUAUGCUAACCAUGUUGGAAUAAUUACUGCUCCGCCAGUAGUUGGAGGUAUUCUUGCUGUUGGCAUCUUCUUAUUCCUCGUUUCAUUUUUGGGCAUAUUUGCUACAGUGAAACAUCAUCAAGUCGGAUUAUUCUUCUAUGUUGUCAUACUAUUCAUUCUCUUUAUCGUCGAAUUUUCUGUUUCUAUCGCCUGUCUGGCCCUUUCUCAUACUCAGCAGUUAGCUGUAAUUGAAAAAGCAUGGAAUACAGUGCCUGAUACGAUGAAGCAAGACGCAAUGAAGCAACUUGAUUGCUGCGGAUUUGAUCGUUCUGACUACGAGGCGAAAUGGACGGACGAACCAUGGAAAUGCGCGGAUAAUGGAAUCAAAGUGCCAGAUUCAGAUCCAACAAAAGACUACGCUUUCUGCAAGGAUGUGAUCAACGACAGAACAGACGCGGCAGUUGACAACGCUGGCUUUGUCGCUCUCAUCUUCUCCUUCACUGAAAUGUUCGGAGUGUGGCUAGCGAUCCGAUAUAGAAAUCAGCGCAAUCCCGCUGGACCUAAUCCUCGCGCCUUUGAAUAA